AUGGGUUGUAUUGCAGAAGAACGUUUUUAUUACGCAGUGUCUCUUCUUCAGGGCGAUGCUUACUAUUGGUGGGAGACUGUCCCACGAGCUAUAAUACAUCCUCCAGUACUCAGUUGGGAUGACUUCUUGAGAGAGUUCAGUGAUAAGUAUAUGCCACCAGUGUAUCGUGAUGAGAAGCAAAGAGAGUUUUUGUCCCUUAAACAAGGAUCUAUGUCAGUUGCAGAUUAUGAAGUGAAGUUUACUCAGCUUUCUCGUUAUGCAUCGGCAUUGCUACCUACAGAACAAGAUAAGUGUAGACGUUUUGAAGAAGGAUUGAUAUAUGAGAUAAGAAGCAAAAUCACACCUUCAGACCUUCGUACUUAUAAUGAUCUACGUGCAGCAGCUAUACGAGCAGAGAGACUAGUGAAAGAAAGCCAUGUGUAUAUUCAAACACAAAAGAGGGGACCACAAGAGUAUAGGGGUGAAUCAAGCUCGAGCAUUUCAAAAAGGCCUAGUUCUUUUUCUUCGGCAUCGAGUUUCAGUAGAGGAGGUCCAUUGGGUCAAAGAGGCAGACAUGCACCACCUUUCAGUUAUGAGUGGGGACGAGGAUCUGGUAUGACAGCACGUGCACGACCUUUAUGCGUGCACUGUGGACGACCACAUACAUGGGAAUAUCGAAUAAUUACAGGAGGUUGUUUUCACAGCGGACAGCAAGGACACUAUUAUAGAGAAUGCCCACUGGGGUCUAACAUAAUAUCAAGUGGAAGAGCAGCAACGGAACCAACAGUACAGAAUGUGCGACCUGCAGCAUCGAGUGCAAGUAUUAAUCGAGGUCGUGGAGGAGGACAAACAUGA